AACCAAACCCAAUCCAACAUUUACAGCUUUUACGCACACGGGCUUGUGUUUGUGCGCUGUUAAAGUCGUUCGUGUUGCUGUUACAAUGUCUCAUUUGGUGUUUUACUAAGUGGAUUUUGGAGCGGAAGAUGGGCUUGGCUGCUCUCUCUCUCUCUACGCGUGGUUUCUCGCUCCAGAAAAUAGAACUUUUACGCGUUACGCACGGACCUUCUAACCGCUUUUACGUAACUUUUUCCUCCAUAACAGGCCUCGUACAUCAACAAUUGAAGAUGAGCGACGCAAACCAGCCUAGAGUUGAACUUUUUGUCAAGGCGGGCAGUGAUGGUCAGAGCAUUGGAAACUGUCCGUUCUCUCAGCGUCUCUUCAUGGUUCUGUGGUUGAAAGGAGUGACCUUCGACGUUACCACAGUGGAUAUGAAGAGAAAACCAGACAUCUUGAAGGACCUGGCUCCUGGAGCUCAGCCACCUUUCCUGUUGUACGGCAGCGAGGUGAAAACCGACACCAACAAGAUUGAGGAAUUCCUGGAGGAAAAUCUCUGCCCUCCAAAGUAUCCUCGUCUGGCUGCCCGUAACCCAGAGUCCAACACGGCAGGCAAUGAUGUCUUCUCCAAGUUCUCUGCUUAUAUCAAAAACUCAAACCCUCAAGCCAAUGAGAAUCUAGAGAAAGGUCUACUGAAGGCCCUGAAGAAGCUGAACGACUACCUCAGCUCCCCACUUCCUGACGAGAUCGACGAGAAUAGCGCCGAUGAUGUCAUUUCCUCAUCCCGCCCCUUCCUGGACGGCCAAGAGCUCACUUUGGCCGACUGUAACUUACUGCCGAAGCUCCACAUUGUGAAGGUGGUGUGUUUGAGGUAUCGAAAAUUCUCCAUCCCCGAGAGUCUGACCCACCUGUGGAGGUACCUGAACGCAGCAUACGCCCGGGAGGAGUUCUCCUCCACCUGUCCGGUCGAUGACGAGAUCCACAUCGCCUACUCGUCUGUAGCUAAAACUCUCAAGUAGGAGGAACGUCAUGAACAUCAGCAGAACACACACACACACACACACACACACCUGUACACAUCGAACACUCACCUACAACACAACGACAGGGCGACACGGCAGAUCUGGAGCGACUGUGAACGCCUCAACAGGAUUUCAACCAGAACACGUGUCUACGGCAUCAUUUGUCAUAUGUUGAAGUGGUUUUUAUUCUCAGUUUAUUUGAUUAUUUAUGCAGUUUUAAUCUCUAAAUGUAGGUUGGUUGACUGUUAUAGUAGGAGUUAAAACAAAACAAAACAAAAAAGGGAUAAAAUAACUGAGGUUGGAUCUAUUUUGACCCCUGAUGAGCUUGUUUUCAGACCAAAUAUCAUGUGAUGUUUCCUCCGUGACCAGUCUGCUCUGUGGGAAACUUGUUGUUCAGGUCGUUCACACAUGCAUUCACACACUCAUAUACACAAACACACACACACACUUUAGGUCAUUCAGUACCAACUCACACAGACUUCACAGUUCAUCUCAUGGAUUUUCUCUGAAAUAUUUAUGUGAAAGCUUCAACCCUCAUGAAACUGUACAAAAUCCUAAAGCUCCUUUUAAGGCUGUGAAAACGGGAGCAAAAAAGGAAAUAUUAGCUGAUAAAGAAGUUGCACAAUCUGCAAUGAAUGUCAACACUUUCCCUCAGAAAGCUAUGAAGGAAAUGCAGAUACUUCCUCUGGGAAAAUGUACGAUCAAAAUGAGUUUUUUUCUGUUUUUUACCAGAUCAGUCUUUCAUGUAGAAGCAAAUAACUGCCAGAUAUGACAGGAAUAUGUGAAUCCUGCUCGUAAUUGGAAACAAGAAGUAAAAACUAGUAGAUGAGAAAUUUUAUUGUGAAUUUUCUUAAGGGUUUCUUCGAUGUUCUGCACAAAUUCCAUCUCAAUCCUUUGAUUUUUAAACUGCAAAAACAAGAAAUAACCUUUGACGCUGUCUUCUUAUGACUUAAAAUUGUUCCAUCAGAGGACAAAAGUCUCAAUUAUAUAAAAAAAAUUAAGCAGAGAAUACAAUUGUAUAAAUCCACAGUUAACUUGGAGAUUAUUGUAAGCAGUUGGAUGAUUAUAUUCCAUACUUAAACUUAUCUUAACCCCCCCCCAAAAAAAAAAGUACAUUACAUAUUUACAUUUAUAUCUAUAACAAUGAAUCAAUUAGUUGUCAAGUAUUAUAUUAAUCAACUAUUUUGUUAAUUGAUAUUUGGCUUGAGUAAUUUUUUAAGAACCACCCUCUGUUGAAAAAGAGAUCUUGUAUCUCAGUGGGAGCAUUCUGAUAAAUAAAGAAUAAAUAAAUAAAUUAGAGUAAACAAAAUCAGCAAUCUAAUUCCAUCUUUAUGAAAUCUGAAUACCAACAGUUAAAUCAGGAAAAUAAUCAACAGCUAAAAUAAUAUUGCUAGCAAUCUGUUUACAUUAGAGGUAUUAGACACAAUUUCCAAGUUAAGUGUGAUUUAUGCAGCAUCAUCCUUCUAUACUUAACUAAAUUUAAGUUAAAAAAAAAAAGAUAAUUUAAGAUGAUUAUUAAAUUAUUGUUUCUUUUUUUACAUUUUAUGAAGUGUGUAGAGGGUUUUUUUUCAUUGUUUUCCAUGAAGUCAAAGUGAAAAUAAGUCACUGAUAAGGCUUAGAAUAAACAUAUUAAUGAUGGAAUUUACUUCAUCAAACUUAAAACAUUCAAAUCUAGAAAAGUAUUUGAAGUAAACCAUCUGAUUUGGCCAAAAAAUAAUGUUCUUUAUAAAAAUGGCAUGCUCUAUAGAACAAGGUACAUUUAGGAAUAACCUCAAAUUUAUUAUUUCAUUGUUUGUCAUAAACCAGUGUAAUCUGAUUAGUUCCAUAUGUUUCCCAUCCCUGAUCUGAAGUAGAGCUUUAGAUUUCACAGUCUCUUGAACUUCACCUAAAUCUUUUAGUGAAAAUCCCCGACAUGAACUCGACAUGGAGGUGGUUUGUUGCGUACUGACCCGUUUAACUACAGCCUUUGCUCGUGUCUAGUUUCACCCUCAGCACAAACACACUGUAAAGUCAGAACUUGAAGGAAAAACCACUGUUCCGUCGUAAAAAAACAGUCUGAUCGCGGGAAAAAAAAAACAAAAAAAAAACCUCAGUGUAGUCGAUUCGUAAACAGACACAAAGCUGCCUAUCAGAUCAAACCUAAUCUACUUCACGAGCCUCACGCCAGCUGAUGUAAUUCACGUUUUCAUUUUUGUAUCAAGGAAAUGCUUCUUGGGUGACGAUCAGCUCACCUGCCAAAGUGUCUUUUUCUGGUUUGUGUGUUAUCAUAGAUGUGUCAUAUUCAUUAUAUCCUCCUGAGGGAACACGCCUUUUACAGUGAACGAUCAGUCAGUCUUUUUUUUUUUUUUUUUUUUUAAAUGAACAGCUUUUCAUUCUGCACAGAGGAGGGGUUUCUCUUUGGGUCUGAGCUGAAAACAGUUAAACAGAGACAGGAAACUGUUUCAAUAGACGUGAGCUUCCCCUUUCUGAGCUCCCACAGCAGGCGUGAAGGAUUAUUCAAGAUUACAAAGCUUGUUGUGAUCCUCUGUUAGGGCUUGUUGCCAACUAUUUAUUCGGUUCUGCCUGCCAUGUAUGAGGGAUCUCACUGUAUCAUUAAAAAAGAAGUUGAUUAGGUCAAAAGUGUACUUAAGGUGCUUUGUUUAAAGAAGUGUCGGUUGUUUAAUGCAACACUGAAACGUCCUGUCUGUUAAU